AUGAAGAAGCCACACUCGCAGCAACAUAACAACCACCAAUCGCAAGCGAAAACGCUCUUCGAGCUGAAGCAAAAGGUAGUUACAGCUCUCAACAAACUUUCCGACCGCGACACGCACCAGAUCGGCGUCGAGGAGCUCGACAGGACUGCGCGCUCGCUAACCGCCGAUUCCGUCUCGCCGUUCCUCUCCUGCCUCCUCGACACCGAUUCCGACCAGAAGGCCUCCAUACGGAAAGAAUGCGUCCGCCUUAUGGCCACCGUCGCCGCCGUCCACGGCGACCUCGUUCUCCCGUACCUUCCGAAGAUGGUGUCCAGCAUCGUGAGGCGGUUGAGGGAUGCGGAUUCGGUGGUUAGGGACACGUGCGUGGACGCGGUUGGGGUUUUGGCGUCCAAGAUUGUUAAUGGCUGCGGCGGAGACAGGGCGUUUGUGGCAGUGGUGAGGCCGAUAUUCGAGGCGUUAGGGGAGCAAAACAAGAACGUGCAGAGCGGGUCGGCGAUGUGCCUGGCGAGGAUUGUGGAUAUUACUAGUGACUCGGCUGAUCUUAGUAGUACAACCGAAUCUGGACAGAGAGAUCUCAAGGCCCAAAAGGUUAACACAAAAUCAACAAUGGGAAGAGUUCCUCUGUCUGCUAGAAAGGGAGGUCAAAAUUAUGCCGGAAAUAAUCAGCAUCUCAAAGACGAUUGGCAUGUUGAAAUUGCAGUUCCUAGAACUCAUUCUAUAGUGGAAUUCCAUAGCUUGAAUGAAGAUUCUGAGAGUAGUUCUGUCACCAAGCCAUUAGAAACAAUUAGUGUAGAAGUUACAAGCAUGCGCGACAUUGGUUAUGAAUAUGUUCCUAUGGAUGACAAGCAGGAGUGCUCUUCUGUCUCUAAUCUUACCAAUGAUAACUUUGAGACCAAGUUUUUAGCUGCUUCUCAUGAAUGCUUUAUAAAGAAUGGAUUUCAGAAGCCACUUGCAAGUGAACAGUUUGGUGAAGAAGGAAGUUGUAAUGAACAAAUGUACUCCAUAAAGUCUCAGAAUCCUAGAAGUUCCGGUUCUACAAUAACAGAGCAAAAUCCCCAUGCUCCACAUGAAUGUUGCUGUGUUCAACUUGCAAAUGAUAUGAUCUGUAUUCAGAAUCAGCUUUCGGAUAUGGAAAUCAAACAGGCAAACAUGAUGCAUCAGUUACAGAUGUUUACAACUGGCAUAAUGGAUGCCCUUUCUACAAUCCAAUCAAAAAUGGUAGGCUUAGAAAACGUAAUUGAUAGAUUAACUCAAGAAUCCGUACAAGGAGGAAGACAUUCUUAUUCAGAAAACUCCAAAUUUUUUAGGCCGAGUCAAAAUACAGCUUCUCCUAGGUUCUCCACAUGCACUCCAAGGCCAUCUGUAGAUAUUAAUGGUAAGCCGUCUGGCUUGUCAUCAAAUAAAAAAUCCGAAAGUUGGGAGAAGAAAACAUUUUCAAGGAGCCAACCAAGGAACUUUGCUGGAGAUACCGCAGAUUCAUGGAAAAGCUACAAGCCAAAGAAUGCAAGGAAUUUUACAGAGAAGGAUAUGUUGAACAGUUCUGCGAAUGAUACACGCAGCAUGAUUUCUACUCAAGUGAGAAAGAAUGAUGAUAUCUUUUCCUGUGCUACCAGAGCCAAACCCAGAAUUGGUUGUCGUGUGAGUAAUACCAACUACUGGAAAUGUGUGAAACGGCUUGUGAGUGAAGGGGAUCUAAACUCUGCAUACAUGGAAUCUCUAUGCUCUGGUGAUGAACUUAUACUUGUUGAGCUUCUGAAUAAAACCGGUCCGGUCAUAGAGAGUUUAUCAGUGAAGACAGUCAACGUUCUUAUUAGUACUUUAGCAUCAUAUAUUCUUGAAGGAAGAUUCUUUAAUACGAUAAUCCCCUGGUUGCAGCAGAUUGUUGAAAUGAGCACCAUCCAUGGACCAAAUUGCAUUGCUCUCUCCAUUGAAGUCAAGGAACAGCUUCUAUCUGCAGUUCAGGAAGCUGGGGACUUGAAUAUUAUCAGUCACGCAGAAAGAAGGUGUGCCACUGAGUUAGCAAUGAAGUUGCAUCAUAUAUGGGGUAAGAUUAAUGAAACUUCAUAAUCUUUGUAUAUUUGAGGGGAAAAAUGUUCAUGCCAUUUUCUUUAUCUAGUGUUGGGUUUAGUCAAUGGUUCGUUGCUAGUCAUUCUGAAAUUAAGUAACUUCGGAAGUUUGUUCAUGAUGUUUGAUAGCAAUGUAUAUUGCAAAGAUUGUGUUUUCUUUGUUUCAGCAAUAUGCAUCUUUGGCUACCUAUGUCAAGAUAUUGAUUGUGAAUCAUGUUUCAUUUCACUUUUUAAA